CUAUGACUUGGAAGUUGACUUCUUCAGCUUCCCUGGGUUGAUCUGGGAACUGAAUAAACUGAUCGAUAACUUCAUGUCCAAACUAGCUUCAACUCCUUCUCUAAUUGUCCUGAGACAAUUUAAUCAGCUUUCAUAGAGCUGGCAUAUGGAAACUACGUCAGGAGGCAGGCGCUCAGUAUACUUCAAGUUCAACUUGGAAGCAAAGUACUCGUCGGCCGAUAUGGCCGGCCAUCCAUCCAGUCCUCCAGUAGUCCAGUUGAUCGAUUAUCAUUUGUGUGAGUGACACCGAUACAUUUAAUAUAUGUCUCCAUUGGAGAGAACGAGUCAAAGAGCUAAGAAAUGCACCUUCACAAUCUCGAACCAUAUUGUACGUACAGAUUUGCCAGAAACAAAGUCGGAUAGUCAGAUAGUGAAAGUCAGAGACAUUCUUCAUAGGGUAACUAUACUGGAAGCUCAAGACCUCAUAUCUACAUUGAAUCUGACCGCUAAGGAUGGCUAUGAGAAAGUACAAGUGUACGUAUAACCGGAAACCAUCGGUCAUGGAGACCACAACGUACAGAUUCAGGUGUGAUCAUUUUAAAAUGGAUUAUGGAUAUCAGAGAGGUUCAAGAGCUGAAAGAGAUUGUUCUGAAAUAACAUAUAUAGUUGGUACUUUAAAAUGAGAAGUAGGCACUCAAGGAGCUAGCGCUACAACAAAGAGCGCAACGAUUUUAACGUAGUCCCAGAGAUUGCAGAUAUAUAAAUGCAUGCAGCCUGGUAGAUCGAUGACGAUCUAAGAUUUGGUAACUUGAACCCAAGUGGUCGAUCUAUAUCUGAAUGGAAGUUGCAUCUGAAAUUCCACCAAAAAUAGAUGCGUGAACUAUAUCGGAACUGCCAAAAAGCAAGUGAGAAUCAAAGAUCCAUGCAAUAAAUGUCAAGCUCGAUCUAUGCAUGAAUGCUGGGUGCAAGAAGAUCAAAUAAGCUGAUCGACCAGAGAAACUUUAGAUCGAUGAACGAGGUACUACUUUAGUUAGUCUAAAAAGACCUUUGCCUCAAAUCAACAACAAAUCGGUUACGCUUGAAUGCCGCAGACACCUAAAUCGCAGAUUCACUUGGAAGAGGUACUAGCUACUUUCUGCACACUCAGGGUGGGGUUACUUCGUACAAGGAAAUUUACUCAAAGCAUAAGAAAAUAUGUCUACUUCUCUCGAUCCUCAUCAAGACAAGAUACUUCUUUACUUCGGAGGGUUGGAGAACGCGGUGUCUGACUUUCAGUUACGGUCAGUGUUCUUCUUCUGGAGAGGAAAUCGACUAGCUACUACUCCUGCUCAAGGAAGGAUGAGACACUCAAGCGGGUUGCCUUAUAACCAAAGCAACAGCGAUUUGGAGAUCGGUCUAACGGAGCUUCCUGUUGAGCGCGUGAACCGAUGGACGCAAGCCAAACUAUGCCUGAACGCAUUGUAUCGAUUCCGCCACACACUAGUCCUGAAAAGUGCAGAAAAAAAGCAGGCAGAACGGAAACUUAGAACACUGACUGAAGUCAUACGAGCUGCCAUUAAAUUAAAAGAUGCUGCAGAUCACGUGAAAGGGACUGGUGAAUCUUUUCCAAUUGAACCAGAUGCACUUGCUAGUUUGAUGAGGAAUAGUGAUUUGGAUGCUUUGCAGCAAUAUGGGGGGAAAGAAGGCUUGGCCGAUUUAGUGAAAACAGAUCUAGACAGGGGAAUUUGUGGGGAUGAUUUACCCAAGCGGAGAAUUAAAUUUGGCGCAAACGUAUAUCCUACAAAACCAGCAAUGAGCCACUGGAAAUGUCUUUGGGAAGCUCCGUACGAUUUCACUCGGAUCGUUUUGGUGAUAGCUUUUGUGGGUUCAGUUGUGAUGGGUAUUGUGGAAGAGACUAAAAUACUGGGAUGGCACGAUGUAUUCAGCGUUGCAAUUGCAGCCGCCAUGUUCAUUUUUAUCGCAGUCUUAUCUGACUAUAAUCAAGCUCGUCUCCAGCAUAUGAUUAUCAAGCAGAAGGAAACGAGAAACAUAAACUCAUUGAAGAGCCUUGUGAUGUCCGUCUUGUGGAAAGCUUUGAAUGAAGAAAUAGUUGAUCUGGUGGAGGUAUGUGACACUGCGCAGGCUAUAUGGCAAACACUUGAAAAUUUAUACACUAAUGACUCUGAUUUCAUACAAGUUCAUGAGUUAAUGUGCACCGCUUUGGCAAUACAACAAGAUGGGCAACCGGUGGCGCAAUAUUUCACUAAGCUAAAGAAUGUCUGGGCUGAAAUUGAUAUGAAACGUCCUUGCAUGAUCAAGAAUCAAGAGGAUAUUGUUUGGUACCAACGUGAGAAUGAGCUUGAGCGAGUUCACCAUUUCCUGAAAGGACUUGAUGCCUAACAAUGCGAAAGGAGAAUUACUCCGACAGACCGAACCCCCUAGCCUCAUUGCAGCUUUCACAUAUAUCCAGAAUGAUGAAUCUCAUCAAGAGAGUCUUCAUCAGACACAAGUUGAAGUUUCCAGCCUUACUGUUCGUGCUCGCUUUCCUGCCUCACCGCUUCAGCGGGUCCCUCCAGCUCCACUUCAUCAGCAAGGACCACCACCAGGCUUCGGGAAUCAGCCCCGUCCUCCUUGCUCUUAUUGUCAUAGUACUACCCAUGCUCGUGCGACCUGUUGGAAGCUGUAUCCACACCUUCGGCCUAAGAAACCGAGUUAUCGUCCCCCAGCAAAAGCAGUUAUUCAAAUCAUCCAGGAUCUCGAUCUCUAUGGUGUGGUUGGACAUGAUCAUCAUACCGCAGGAGGGGCAGUACCUACCGCAUCCAUAGCUGGUCGUGGCAAAAUUGGAUCUUCUCACCGGGGAGUUCAUUGGUCGGGGGUAUCUGAGGGACAAGUUGUUUCAUCUGGAUCAGACAUAUGCGGGGGAGAAACCAGGGGCACAAUUUCGGACCGCUUUAAU